CUCAAAUCCUCUCUCUCAAAGUUUCCUCUCUUUCUAUCUCUAGCUAGUUGGAUUCUUACAAAGCAAAGGAUUUUUGAUUUUGAGAUCCAAACCAUACAGCUUUCGAUUAUGCUUUCUCAAUCGAUCUGUCUAGCAUUUUUUUGAUAUACUGCCAAUAUUGUCCUUAUCAAUUGUGAUUGCUCUUAUCACCUAGAACUACUACCGCAAAUUAGUUCACUUGGAACACUAAUCAUUGAAGCAUCACAUACGCGUUUUGGGCAAAGCUUCAUAUCAGACAGGUUAAUUUAGGCUUUGCUCUUGCUUUUGAAGGUUUUUUUUUUUUGGCCAAUGAGAUCUUUUCUUCCUUGCUGUAACAAAAAAUCUGACCAAUUGCUAAGAUCUAUAAGAAGUGGGGCUUGACAUCUAGCUAGAGCCACCAAGAAGAUUCAACUAUCCACUGAGAUGUGAUGCCGUUCACAGCCAUGGUGACUAUGGAGUGCACAAAUGUAGGCCUAAACACAUUAUACAAAGCAACCACUCUUGGAGGGAUGAGCCCCCAUGUCUCUGUGGUUGACGCUUACGGUGUUGUUGCUGCUCUUGUUCUCCUUGCUUCACCAUUCUUCUCUCAAAGAAUUCUGCUGAAAUUUGAUGUUGCUGGAUUUGGUUGGAUGAGCUAG